AUGGGGUCCAUGCGGGACCCCUUCUACCUGGUGAAGGAGGAGAUCCAGGACACGCUAGACCAGGUGGAGCAGGCGUUUAGGAAGUGGCAGCAGAUUCCUCCCAGCACGCCGGACCAGGACCGCGUCGGGCGCGACAUCGAGGACGGCUGCGGGAGCGUCAUUUGGCAGGUUGAUGAACUAGACAACGCGGUGGACGUCGCGGAACGGGACCCUGCAAGGUUCGGUCUGGCGAAGGACGAGAUCCAGCGGCGAAGAGACUGGACGAGCAAGUCGCGGCGGAGAGCCCAGCACAUGCAGAGACGCGUCCAGGACGCUAGACGUGGAGCCACGGCCCGUGGGCCCGUCCCGGGCGGCGCCGUCGAGAUGUCGCAAAUGAGCAACAAGGGCGCGCCGGGCGGCGUCGCCGGCAACGGGCACAAGGCCGACCCGUUCGUCGACGAGGAGCGGCAGCAGCAGCAGCUGCUCCUCCGCGACCAGGACGAGCAGCUCGACGGGCUCUCCGUGCAGGUGGGGAGGAUCGGUGAGAUGGGGCUGGCGAUCGGGAACGAGCUGCAAGAGCAGUCGCUCAUGUUGGAGGAUCUCGCGGCGGACACGGACACGACGAGCUCGCGGCUCAAGGCGACGCAGCGGAAGAUCGCGGAGAUCAUGAAGAAGGCGUCGAUGAAGUCGCAGUUCUGCAUGAUGGGCAUUCUCCUGCUCCUGUUCAUCGUUUUGACCAUGCUCGUGUUUGCCUAG